GUUCAGAAGGACAACAGGAGUCACUCACAGCAGUCUAGUAAUGAUGUAACACGCUCUUAAAAUCAGUUCUGCCACCUGUGCGCUUUUAUAUGGUGUCAGUGCGAUGAGCGCGUGACUGAGAGAAGAGCGCGCGGCGCAGUCAUUCGCUCCUCCGCUCGGAACUGUGACGGGAUGUCAGCCGCUACUCGUAGAAACUCGUCCAAAACCAGGAACGACGUGGGGUCCGAUCCGGACAGAAUUCGGACGAUACGUAGAGAGCUGUCUGAUGAGUAUACACAUAAUGAACGGGAUAGUAUGGAGUCUUCAUUUAAAGGUUUUAAGACCUCAAGAGGAAGUGUCAAAGGAACUUCAGGAGCUUCUGAUGAUAAUAUACCAACAGUGUUGGCUAUGCAGCUGGCUUUGGUGGAGGGGCCAGAUGGACUUCCUGCCGAUGAGGGCACACAGGAAGUGCUCAGCAGGAAACUUUGUGUGCUGGAAGCUGACCUCUCAAGGGUCACGACCUUAAUCUCUGAAAUGUCCGCUCACUUUGUAUCCAUCAACAGUGAAGAAAGGACUAUAUUUAUCACUUUUAAAACCCUUGAAGAAAUAUGGAAGUUCAGCACAUACCACAGAAUGGGCUUCUUGGGUCAGUGUAUGGAAAACCUUCUCAUGGAUCAGGAGUUCUGGUUAAUCUCUCUUGAUCAGCAUUCAGGAAUUGAGAUCUCAAUUAAAGAAGAGACACUAAAUCUGAUGUAUAAAGGCUUUCUAAUGCAAGAAGGGUCUUUCUUUGGAUGCUGCACAGCAAAUCAGAUGUUUGAUAGCUCUACUUCAGGUAGCGACCUUUAUUUGGAGAAGGGGGAUAUCGCCCUGUUUGAGCCUCCAUUUCUAGGGUCAGGGUGGACAGUGCUUUCACUGGCAGAUGGGUCUAGAGGAACCAAGCCAAAACCAGCUCUGGAGCCAGUCUUACCCUUUCAUGAGUGGUUUCUAAAGUCCUGCCCAGAGACUGUAUUAGUGGGUGGUGGAAAAGACACUAGUGACCUUCCAUUACUGAUUGCAGUAGGGGUCUGUGAGACCACAGAGGAGUAUGAGGCUGACGGGCCAGAUGAACUGAGUUUCCAGGCUGGUGAACGCAUCAUCAUCCUGGGCCUGCUGGUGGCCUGUUUUGAAUGGUUUAUGGGAAAAUCUGAGAAAACUGGGGAUAUCGGACUUGUCAAAACCAACCUGGUCAAAGCAACCGGUUCAUUUUGUGAAUCAUCUGACAUAUUCUUGAAAGACGAGGACAAACAAAUUAUUACCUUGGAUCAGGACAAAAUUAAAGAGGAGACUAUUUCUUUAUUGAAGAAAAUAUGCCAGAGUGAUGUCGGCACAAACUACAAACUUGAUUUGGCGAAAGAAAUUCCAGGACCAGUUCAAAACAAGACUCAAGAAGUGAACAAUCUAAAACAGAAAGUCAACCACAUUUUGAGUGAAGUCGAUGAGACUCCAAGAAAGGACGACUCAUCAUUCAGCCUCAAGCACCAGAUAGAUAUAAAAACUAAUGAUACAGAGGAAUCCCUGGACACCCCUCGUUUUUGUGUCAGCUCUGAGCAGGACAGCAGCAGUCCAGGCGGACAUCAUGCUCUCCUCUCAUUCUUGAGCAGUCGUGACUACCAGCCUGAGUUCAUGCUCCUGUACACCGCUUACCCAGAAUUCCUCAUCUCACAUUUCGAGGGUCACUCUGAUGAGGAGGAUAUAGUGGCGUAUUUAGGUGUAGCCCGAGAAUUGGCACGAAAGAAGUACGUCUCGUGGGCGCAGAGCCGAAUCUGUUUUCUUCUCGGACAGCUUUGUGCAGGGAGGUCAAAGUUCUCUCAAGCUCGGGUUUAUUAUGAGGAAGCCUUGAAUGUACCCAGGGAUUGUUUCACAGACAUGUUUCUGCUUUCCGCCAUUUACUCCAACCUGGCACUCAUCUACCUAACACAGAAGAACCAUGACAAAUUGUUCACUACGUCAGAGCGCUUGUCUGCUUUGUUGAUGGCGGUCCCUGAUUGUUUGUUUGGCUGUGAGGACCCUGAGGUAUUGAAGUAUGUACUAAAAAAGGCCAUCCUGGCCAAGAAUCAGCCUGCCGAGGCCCGAGCCUGCUUCAUCCUGGCAAAGCUCCACCUGAAGCUUAAAGACAGCAUGAGUGCAAUCCCGUUCAUCGAAAGGCUUUUGAUCCUUGCUGACGAGGUUCCUGAAGCAUGUGAUGAGACUAUGAGCCAUGUUUUCCUGGUGUUAGCACGACUCUACAGCGAACAGGGUCUGCCACGUUUGGCCGAAAGCUCCGCACGGCGAGCAUCACUUCAGGUAGGAGCCACCGCUUCACACUGUCUUUGUGGUGUCUCUCUGUUGAUGGAAAACGCAUCAGAGCUGUAUGGAGUGGACAUCCCAACACAAGUGGCUCCAUACCUGGCCCGUGCCAUUGCUUUAGUGUCCCCCGGCCAGGAGCCUGCGCUGGGUCAUGUCCACGCUCUGUGUUUGUCCUGGCUCUUCCAUAGACACGGCAUGCCCGAGAGAGCAGUUCGCUACAUGCUAACCGUCCUCGACCACAGCAGCAUGUCCAGCGUUGGCCAGUCAGACACGACUGCUGCUCUCAUUUGGAUGGCGUGGCUGUACAUCUGCAACCAGCAACCCGGCACCGCUCUGGAAGUGCUGGAUGCUGUCCUGUCAUCCCUCCCAGAGCACUGCACAACACAACUGGAAGGUGUGGUUUACAACAUGCGGGCCAUUUCAUACAGACAUUCAGCGGACAUCCGUCAAGCAGCUGAGAGUUACCGGGCUGCAAUCGAGAUAUGCGAGGAGUUUGAGGACAGACAUAACUGGGCCAUAGCGUUGGCCAACUAUGGAUUCAUGUGUUUGCAAAUCAAGGCAAAAAGAUUGGCAGAAGAAUACCUCACUCAGUCAGUGGAGCUGUUCUCUGAGCUUGAGGAUGAAGGGCAUGAACUCAGUUUUAUUUCAGUGCUUCUUGAGUUAGGGAGACACUAUAUUUCCCAGGGAAAACAUGAGAAUGGGAAGAUCUACUAUGAAUGGGCCCUGUUGACCGCCAUGUACAUCGAUCAUAUGGACAGCCAGCUCCAAGCCGCACGUCACCUGUGUCAGCUAUACGAAGAGGUGUGUCCAGACGAAGCCCAGUGCAUCAUCUACAACAAGCACCAGCUGGAACUUCUCCGGCAGAUGGGAGACAAGAGCUUAGAGGGAGAGAUACUGGAGAAGAUCAGCCAGCUCUACCUGAACCUGGCCACCGAGAAAUCCAACAGAGCUGCUUUAGAUUACACCAAGCAGAGCCUGGGCAUCUUCAUCGACUUGGGCAGGAAACGUAAGGAGGCUCAUGCCUGGCUGCAGUCAGGGAAGAUUUACCACAUCCUCCAGCAGACGGAGCUAGUGGACCUCUACGUGCAGGUAGCCCAGGACAUGGCCUUGAGCACAGGAGACACGCUCUUCGCCCUGGAGAUGUUGGAGGCAGCAGGGGAUGUUUUCUUCAACAGUUCACAGGACAGAGAGAAAGCCAUCUGUUUUUACAGGGACCGAGCCCUUCCCAUCGCAGUGAAGACGAGCAGUGUGCGCUCUCAGCUUCGGCUGUGUAACAAGCUUUCAGAGCUUCUUCUGCAGCUGGGACAGUGUUCAGAGGCCAUUGAGUUCACUCAAACCGCAUUAGACAUUAGCGUGAGUCUGGCUGACCAUUUAAAUGAACGUGUGGCAUUCCAUCGCCUCGCCACAUUGUACCAUUGUGUGGGUCAGUUUGAAAUGGCAGAGCACCACUUUCUGAAAGCCCUGUCCCUGUGUCCCUCACCGCUGCAGUAUGACGAGGAGGCCCUGUACUAUGUCAGGGUUUACCAAACACUUGGAGACAUCAUCUUCUAUGAUGUAAAGGACCCGUUUGACGCCGCUGGCUAUUAUCACUUGGCCUUGGCUGCUGCUAUGGAUCUGGGCAACAAGAGAUCUCAGCUAGAGCUGUGCACUCGAUUGGCCACUAUCUACCACAACUUUCUUAUGGACCGGGAACUCUCGCUGUUCUUCUACCAGCGAGCGCGAGCUUUCGCUAAUGACCUCCACAUUCGCCGUAUCAACCUGGCUCCAGACUACAGUUUCAGGACCACAGCCCAGUACAAAAACACAAUAACUGGGGCAACAAGAUAGAAAUGGCUUCAGAUGGGAUAUGACACUUCCUCUGCAUGUUUUGAUUUGACUUGUGUGUGAAUUUUCUCUGUUUACUUUUAUUCGCCGGAUGUUAUUUGGAUUAUUUGAUUUAUUUUACAUGUCUGACUCAUAAAAUGUUGAUUUGCCCAGCAAGUGUUUACUGAAGUGUAAGCAAUGCAACCUUCAGGCACAUUCAUUCUUAAAUGUUUUGGGACUAAAUAGACUUUUACGUGGUCUAUUUGGCACGAAAUCCCAUGAUGGAAAACUUUUUUUUUCUUGUUCUCUAAAAUUUAUAAUGAUGAUAAUCUGAAGCUUUUAUUGUCCCUGAUUUUCCAUUCUUUAAAAAUGGUCUUAUGUUUGGUUGACAUGUGGAAGUGAUGACAGUGAAGACAUUUUUACCCAAACAAGAGCUGUUCUGUUUGUACUAAGAGCAGAAAAGAACAGGCAUUGUAGAUUUAAAUAAACAACAUGCCUGGUGAAAUAGGCUACAUGAGUUGGUUCAAACCCUCCCAGUUCAGUGAAAACAAACCCACUGGCACUGUACGGUCUAGUGCCUUGGUGGCAUUCAAAUGUAUGUGCCAAAAAGAGACCAUGUUGGCACUGCUUUUCAAUAAAAUUGGAUCUAAUGCUGAAUUUAAUUGCUUAACAAUAUGAAGUUGCAAGCUUUCUUUGAAUGACCAAAACAAACCUUGAGUGCAAGUGAGCCCUUUUUUUUUUCUCUUUUUUUUUUAAUCCUAAAAAUAAAUCUGUUGUUGUAGCAACCCAUUCCGGAUCAAUUAAGAAUGACAAGGGGACUAAGUACACCGGAUUUGGCAAGAAUAUACUGAGAUGAUGAUGUUUUUAAUUCA